AAAUCAUAACAAUACGUGACACUCACAGCGCUCUGCAGUUAGUAGCGUGCGGACAAUGGAAGGGCUCCUGUACUACAUGUGCCUAGUGUUUGUGCUCACUGUACAAGGGACGAUCAUUCCGAAUAAUACCAACUCUGGUUUAUACUGCACAGAUCCAGACACUGGUAAACUAUAUGAAGUGAACAGCACGUGGCCUUCACUAUCGUUCUGUGGCAAUUAUACAUGUAAGAUUACGAAGGCAAAUCUAACUAAGACAGAAUACACCCCUGUUCCAAAAACUACCAAAGAAAAUGAAGAAUAUAAAGAAAAAGGCGACGAGGAAAAAAUAGUUUUAGUAACCCAACCUGACGCUAGACUUACGUCGGAUAUGGCUGUAAGUCCUAGUGAAGUUAUUAAAACCAUUAAAAAGGUUAAUGAUAUCAAGUUAAAUACCAGUAAAGAGAGUACCGCAAAAAAACUUAAUAAUUUAUCUAAGCACGAUAAUGAUAAACGUGAUAGAUUACUAACAGAAGCAGAAAUAAACGUGAUCACAGAGAUUCUUCACACAGUUAAGAAAAGUGACUUAGAAGCAAUAAUUGAAGUUUAUAACUUGGCUGAAGAAAUAUACAAUGAAAUGGAGAAAUCAAGCAAAUAUAGCAAAGCGAAAAAUAUUGCAGAUAAAACACUUGUAAAUGAAAUAUCGUGUAAUGAAAAAAGCGAUAUGAAUACGGAAGGUACGUCUGCUUCUGCUUCAAGAUAUUACGCGUACCCUGCGAAUUAUUUUAGAGGAGGUUUAACUACGUAUAAUUAUCAGCAUCCCUACUAUUACCCUAUGUCAGGCUAUCCAGGGACAUCUCCAUACAUUUAUACUCCACAGAUAAGUAACAUAUGGAAGCCUUGUGCUAAGACAAAAAGUAACACAAUACCAGCACCAAUAUCUUCUCCGUCAGUUGGACCAGCCAGAGCCAAGGACGACAAACCAAUGACGACGGCAUCGCCUUAUACAUCAAUAAAUAUUCGCCAAAAUAUAGACGACUACGCAAGAUACUAUUACAACUAUUACCCCUGGGCACAGUUGGAAGUGUACAAUAAGAACCGUCUUCCAUACUACAUAAACCCAUAUUACCCACAACCAAACGAAAAACCCUUUAAAAUUGUGAAGACACAAUCUUCAGAUAAAUCAAAAAUACCAAAAGAAGUAACACCCAAGAGUAAAGUCAUAGAAAAAGAAGUGCCGGUGAAAAAAGCUGAAGAGAAAAAGGAAGCCAUGCCUAAGUGGAAGACUGAACAGUUGUCACAGCAAGUGAUCGACGAAGUCAAAGCGAAUGUUUUAGAGAAGACGAAGCUACCGUCCGUAUUCCCUGGUCUUCAACUGGAGAGAGUCGGCAAAGUUCUCAAACUAGAUGAGCUCACAAGACUUAAACGACACGCUGAAAUGGAGGAACAUGAGGAUUUCGGAGUACGAUUAGAAAAAAUUGAGUGUGAGACCAGCACGGAACCCGGCUACUUCAGUGUGGGGAACCUCUCCGCGCCCUACCCCGACUGCUGUCCACAGAAAAUUACAUAAAAAUAUAUUUAUUAAGUA